AUGGGUCUGCUCAAGGCUCAGGGUGUGACGUCACAAACAGUGGCUUGCGCAACUCUAGUUAAAAUCACCUCGUCAAGAGAGCUGUGUCCGACGGCCCCCGACCGCUGCAUCCCCUCCGGCUGCAUGGACUACUCUCGCCUCGUGUUCCCGACGCGGACGUGCGGGCUUGGCAUGGCCAAGUGCCUCGACAUGAACAUCUGCGUCAUCCCGUGCCCGCCCAACAGUGCCCUCCACAACCCUUCGAGCGCCCUCAUGCCGGCCCUCUGCGUCGACGGGAAGAUGUAUUGUCCCAACACGGGGACCUGUGGCACGCAAGAGGAAUGCACCAUGGGCAAGCCAGGGGAAACGCCCAUAUGCAACUUCGGGUACCAGUACUGCCUGAUAAUGGGGGGCUGCGUGCCCAAGGGGGGCUGUCCCGACGAUGACGCCUUCAUGACGUCAGAACUAACCACCUGUCCUCAUGGCCAGGACAUUCUCAGGUCUUCAACCGACUGUGUUGUGUCCCACCAUAGUACGUCACUCAUACCACAACUCAUCACUCCCUAUAUUUUCACCUCUCGCACCAUUACCGCCAUGUGA